AUGGCGUGGUAUUACGGUGUGAACAACUCGGAAUUGUAUGGAUCGAAUUUCUCCACCGUGUUAGCGGAUGCACCACCUCCUUUAGACGACACGUACGACGAAGAUGAUGACGAAAUCGUUUUCCCAAAUGAAGCAAAUAAAUCAAAAGAGUACCAUGGUGAUAAUGUAGCAGCUUCGGUUAAGAGAAGCAACGCCCGUGAUGAAAAAAUCAGUGAUAAAUCAAAGCGCGAUGGCAACUUAACAAACGUGAAGAAUAGGUCAGGAGAACAAGAGGAUUCGGAUUUUGGCGACUUUGCUGGUUUUGCCGAUUUUGGGUCCGCUUUUGAACAGGAAAAUAACGGAGAAUCACAAGACUGGUUCGCAAGUAAUACAAAUGGAAACAGCGUGGAAACAGCAAGUGGUCAACCAGCCACUGAUGACGAGUUCGCCGAUUUUGCAGCAUUUGGGGACAAUAGGGACAGUCUGAAUCCAGAAAGCAUUGCCAAUGGCGGUUUUAAUCAAGGUGAUUCAGCAGCUGAUGUCUUAAACAAUUGUGACAAAAAUGAAGGUAGAAAUGAAGGUCUGCCAAGUAAUGGUACUUUUGACAGUGAAUCUGAUGAUGAAUUUGGAGAAUUUACAAGUACAGAGUUACCUUCAGUGAGGUCUGAACUGACCUCAUCAGAAAGUGACAGCAAGAGUAGUGAACUUCAGACAGACCUUGAAAUUAAAGGAAGAACUUGCGUGCAGGACAAAGUGAAAUCUGAUGGAAUCAGUGACAAAAGUGAAACAUCAGGUGUUGCAUCAAAUUAUGAUUUUGAUGAUGAAAAAGCAGUCAGCCAUUUAAGAGAAACAAGAGCUAAUGGUACUCCAGAAUUCUACAAUAAGUUAAAUGAGGAUACUUAUGAUGUUCAUAAAGAGAUGCCAUCAUCUAAACAGGAGAGGAAAGUUUCUAACCACAUCUUGAAUUAUGAAGACUCAGCACAGCUAAAAAAUUCACCUGUAGCUGAAUCAAAGACCCAAGAAAACAUUGAAGAAGAUGAAAAGACUGGCAGUAAUUUAUCCAGAAAACCUGAUGAGAUAAACAUUACAAAGACAAACAUGAGUGAUUCUAGUAAAGUUGAACAUGGUUCAGGUGCUGAAGUAGAACAUGAGAACAAUUAUUCAGAUGAUGAUGGAUUUGAUGAGUUUACUGACUUCACUCAUUUUUCUUUGAGACCACCAUCAUUAGGUGAUGACGAUGAUGAUGAUGAGAAGCAAUCUAAUGAACAACUUGAUUCAUCUGGAAUCUCAAAAUCUGUUGGUAGUCAAGAAGGCAUAGAUUCAUCAUGUAUAAAAGGCACUCUUGUGCAAGAUAAGAAUUGUGUUGUUGAUGAUGAUGAUGGUGAUGACUUUGGAGAUUUUGGUUCAUUUAAUGAAAACUUUGAUCAAAGCUCUAGAAGUGAUGCAGAUUUUGCUCUAGAGGACUCUAAACAAAAAAGAUCACCCAAUGACAAUGGUGUGGCAGAAGAUGAUAAUGACUUUGGAAACUUUCGAAUAUCAAAUUCUGAAGAGAGAACUUUACCAUCUGACAAUCAAGUCGAAAAUGAUUUUGGUGACUUUGGUGUAUUUAAUACAAGUACAAGAGAUCCCCAAAACAAUGCUAAUGAUGAUGAUGACUUUGGGGAAUUUGGUACUUCUGAUUCAGUAGGGAAAAUGUUUCCUGCAGAAGAUCAAGACAAGGAAAAAUUAAGUGACUUUGAUCAUUUUGAUUCAAAUGCUGAAGAGCUUCAAAAAGAUAAAGACAGUAAGGAUGACUUUACAGAGUUUGGCUCUCCUAGAUUGGAAGGAAAAAAUUCCACAGCUGAAGAUCAAGAUGAUGAUCUUGAUGAUUUUGGUACAUUUCGAUCAAGUGGUGGAGAUUCGAAAACUGAUAGUAACAACUGCACAGAUGAAUUUGGAGAUUUUGGUAAUUUUGCAAGCAGUAAUUCCAAAAACUCCCCAAAGCAUGAGGACAAUGAUGACUUUGGUGACUUUAACAAUUUUGAGUCAAAUACCAAAGUUAAUCAGAGACACAAUUCCAAUGACAGCAGCUUUGGAGAUUUUGGAGCAUUUGAUUCCAAUGCGAAGGAUUCACAAGGAAAGAAUGAAAGUGAUGGUGAAUUUGGCAGCUUUGGAAGUUUUGAAUCAAAAGUGACAGACCUGCCAAAGAAGAAAGACGAGAACUUAGGCAAUGUUGCCAAGUCUAAAGACGGAACUUCAGAUUGGCAGCAAAAUAUUGAAAAGACAAAAAAUGCUAAUGACUCCAACAAAGAUGAUGAUUUUGGUGAUUUCAGUGGUGAAAGUAAGGAAGAUGACAGUAGUUUUGCCUCAUUCCCUUCCUCUAAGACUCUUAUGGAAUCCCCUAGAGAGACUGUUGUCCCUAAGGAAAAGUUAGGAGAAAGUCUGUAUUUUGCUCCUGGCAAUAAUGUUGCCAUAAAACAAGUGGAAGAUCCUGUUUCUCUGUGCUUUACCACAGAAGUGAAGCAUGUUUCACAAAGUCAAUGUGAUGUUCUUUCUAUGAAAGUCAAGAAAGGUUUUCAGAGGUGGGUGCUUUGUUUUGGUAACCACAACUUUUUUUUUGUUAUAGUUGCAGGGAUGCACUAGUGUAGCAGUGACACUUUCAUGAUCACCAUGGUGACGUUGAUAGAGUAAAUUGAUCGCCAAAGUAACUUUUAAACAAAAUGUUUCCACUGUUGCCAUUCUUUAUGAGCAAAGUACUGACCAAGAAAGAAUUUCUCCUUACAAUAACAGUGUAUUAUCAAUCAGACAGGUGAUGAGAAUAAAGAAAAAUAUCAAUGAAGGGAUUAUUGGUUGAUCUGAUACCAAAUUCUGCUAACAAAUAUCAUAAGCAUUGUACGGCAGAUAGAAAGGACAACUUAUAAUGAGAUCUGGAAAUGAAGAUGUUAUUAACAAAUUAAAGAUGUUGUCUUAGCAUACUACAACAACUCAUCUGGUUUUCCUUUAAAGUCAACCAAACUAUUUUUCACUAUCACCUUGAUCAAGUUGUUGAUACCUUGGGUCACUUUAAUAAAUUUUUCAUUUCUCCUCAGUGAAUUGGGAUUGUGGUACCAACUGGAGCGUACUGAUAAAGAAGGCAGAAUACCCUUUCAUUGGUUGAAUUCAUUCAUCCAACACAAAAAAUUUUUGUCCUUGAGGAUACGACCAGACAGACCUCCUCCAAUUCAGGUUAGAGUUCUGCAUCUACCACUGUGCACUACAUUUUACAUUUCUCUUAGAAAUUUAGAUCUUUACUUGUAAGUUUUGAAAGCAAGAUUGCAAGGUCUGUUCAUUUCAAAAAUAGAGAAGUGAAUAUCUUUGAAUGAAAAUCAGAGGCAACUAGUUAGUGGAAUGACAACUUUGAGAUGGAUAAAGGCAAUUUCUAAGUUUUAUUUUUCUUGUGAUCCUAGGGUGGAUCCAUGCUGAAACCCACUGUGUCAUCACAGUUUCCACCUUUUGGAGGUGGACCGGUAAGAUUCAAGAAUAAUCAUUUGAAGUUGCUUUGGGCAAACAUUAAAACUCUCUGUCAUAUUGGAACUAUUUGUGAAGCCUCUUCAAAUCAAGUUCCCAGGCAUUUGGUUGUUUUACAACCUCAAUUAUCUGAUAAUCUGUCACAUGAUUUCAAUCACCCAAACUGGUUUCAAAUGAUGUUGUCACCUUAAGGGUUUUUAAUUUAUCUAAUUGACUGAUAUAUUUGUUAUGAUGUUUCAUUCAUGUAGGCUGGAUCAAUGUUGAUGCCUGCACCUCCUGGUAAAUUGUCAAAUUCUUCAAUUGGAUUGGUAAGAUGACUCCAUAACAUUUUUUUUUAGGAUUAUGACCAAUAUGGAAAGGAUGAAGCUUAUGCACCAGUACCUCGCAACACAUUAACACACAUUGCUAUUAUCCCUGUGUUGGUUUGUUAUACAGCUCUACUACAGUGUAUUCAUCCUGUAUGACUUAAGGAAGCUUUUUUUUUUUUUUUUCUGUGAUAGUGCUGCAUCAGAAGUCAGACACAGGCUUUUAGGUCUUAACAAAGCCUUGCUGUACUUAAUUGGUUCUCUGCUCAUAGCUAAAUUACCAUUAACGCUAAUUUUUAAUUUAGUGAUUUUGCUUUUUUUCUAUUCACUGCCACCUAUCAGACACAGGAUUUCUUAGAGCCUGUGAAAGGAUCACACCAUGCAGUCCACAGCACUGCACAGGAUAUAACUGCAGGCCAUCAUUCAGUUCACCCUGAAAUGGGUCUUCCAGAUCUAAGUGUAAGUUUUGUCUGUGACAUAAGAAAAUUGGGUGUUUAAAUGCAUGAUACUUAUAUGGGUGCACAUUUAAGUAUUUCUCAAAACUCAAGUCAGUGAAGAUUUAAAACUCUCCCUUGUUACUGCCUGAAGUGGUUUGUCUGUUGAAAAUUUUGCGAUGUCCGCAAAGUUAUCAGUAAAUAAAAAGCCACCCUUCAAAACUUUGCAUCCACACAUAUUUCCUAACACUGUAUACAAAAUGGUAUUUGCCUGGGAGUAAUUUAUUUAAUUAAUUAAUAUAAUCUAUUUUGACAUAGUGGACUAAGAUUUGAUAUGGAAAUUGUUUUGUUUUCAGUUUGUGCUGGGUGGUGGGCUGAAACGCACUGCUUCAAAAUCAGGUCAGUAGAAUGUUUUUUUCUUUGUUCAAGGAAUAGAAGAGAAGCAAUCCUAACCUUGUUACAUAUACAAGGAAGGAAGAUGUGUUUAGGGUUAGGUCUAGGCCAUAACUGAAAUUUGGAAAAGAUUUUGUGGCAUGUGGAAUAGGUAUAUUAUUGGGCAUGGGAGGGUCAAAUGUUCCAGUAAAGCACUCUCUCUACACUUAAGUAUGGGCAAGAUGGAGGAAGCUUGGAGUGAGAUAAAAGAUUGGACAUGCUGAAGAGGUUAGCUCAGGUCCCAAUGCUUCUUGAAGUUUUUCCUCUGCAAGAUAGUAGUUAUCACACUUACAGUAGGUAAUGGUACAAAGCAUUUUAAUGUCAAUGUAUUUUUGGUAUUUAACAUGUUUUGACAGAUUUCAAAGAUAGUGUAUCAGCUACUACAUCUGAACCAUCUUCCCUUGACCUGGAUAUCUUUGCCUCCAGUAGGACUCAAACCUCAGAUGCAAAGACAGGUAUGCAUUGUUGUUUUUACUUAUAUGCACUGUGCAUUUUAAUUUGCUAUAAAUCCUAUACCACUCUUUCUUGUCCAUUUUGUUUAUAUUUUUUCUAGCACAAAUGUACACUGAUAUGUGGGGCUUUUUCCAGCCCUGCUCACACCAUUGCAUACGUCCCCUAACAAGGGAAUGUUUUGACAUUGUUUUUAUAAACCAGGUUAACAGGGCUAUACAAGUUAUAUUAUAUCAUGAUUAUCACUUUGUAAAUAGAGUAAGAGAGAUAGCAAGUUUUGAGCUCAGUAAAGAAAUAGAGAAAGGUGUUUUUCAUCUUGUCAUGAGCGUGGGACAAAGAAAAAUUCUGAGUCCCUAUGUGGAAUUGAACCUCAGACCUUUGGAUUCCACACUGCGAUGCUCUACCACUGAGCCACAGAGACUCUACAGUGAGUGAGAUCUAUUACAAUGUUCAUAUGACAUGCGUCCUGCAUACUGCUAGGAUCAGCAAUGUCAUUAGCAUCAUGUUUGUAAAUAGAAUAAGAGAAAUGGCAAGAGAUGGUAAGUAAUGAUUAUCACUGUGCUUAGUUUCAGACUCUAGAGCCUUGUAUGAGACAGACCUGUUGGGUCUGAAUAUUUUCUCAUCAUCAGUGGAACCUCAAAAGCUGGACAGCCCUAAGCCACAAAAACCAUCUGACACAAAUAAAGUGUGGCAACAUGGAAGAGUCACUAUACCUCUUUCAUCGCAACAACAUAAAGUACAAUUGAGCGUUGCUGCCAAGACUGUUUUGAAUGAUCUUGAAGAUUUAAGUUUUAUGUGUUCAUCAGUUCUUAUGUUUCCCUUGAAGCCUGAAUAACUUGCAAAAUAUGACUGAAAAAUAUGACAUCCAUACUGGAUUCAUUUAAAGAAAUUAUUUUAAAAUCAAAUUAUGGGAAACAUAAAGCCUUGUUUACCUACAAGUAAUCUUUGUCUCAAAUGAUUUUAUGUCAUGCCUUAAAACUAUAAAGGUUGAAGUUUUAAGCUCAGAGUGCUGACAGGAAUUUCAGUGCUUCGUAAUUUUUUUCUUCUCUGCUUUUGUGGGUAACCUCUAGGAGAAAUCUCUCUGCUUAAUUACAAUAUUUUGUUUUUUUACUGUAUAGGGCAGCAUUUUUCAGUAAAAACCUCUCUACCACUAUUGAAUUUUGUGAAGAUAGAUUUCAUUUAAUACCUUGACCCUUAAACUCCCAGAUCAAAUUUUUAAUUCUCCUUACUGUCAACCAUACAAUUCUUAUAAUGUUAGUUCAGAGAAUUUAGUAUUUGAUCAACUAAUUAUCCCAAGUUGAUAUUUUUCUUUGUUCUCAUUACUUAUCUGGUUGAUAUUGUAUUAAUACUGUAAGGAGAGAUUCUGUCUCGGUCACUUAUAUGAGUUAAAUGGUUAAUUGAAUGUUAUGUAGAAAAAAAAGAAAAGUGAGGUAUUUAGAUUUUUGUAGCGGCAAAUGAGAAGGAGGAAGUAGAGGUAAUGCGUCACAGGUUGUAGUCAAAAUUGUUUUAACUUAUAGAUGUAGGUUUGCCUUCACUUAAAGUAUGGAAAUUCUUCAUUAAACAAAACAUAUUCUGGGAAAUUUUGAGGAAAACUUGUCAUUAGGCCAGGUAUUCAUGUGUCUAUUUUUUGUCAAAAUAAUUGUUUCUCUCAGAUCAUCAACUAUCUUAGGAAUUGGAUCAUUAUCAAAAGAAAUUCAGAAGCUCAUACAAAGAGUGUAAAAAAUGUGUCCCACAUUUUUUAUUUUAUGAAAGAAAAUUUGUCUUGUGCUUAAUGUUAGUAUGUAAGUGUAGAGUAGAGCCAACUGCAUGCUAGUCGUGCCAACUAUAUUAAUUUUUCAUACAUAUCCUUGCUAAAUGUUACUUGCGUGGUAGUCACCAAAAAUAUGUUGUGCAAACAAGUUCUCUUUUUCAAGACUAGAACCGAAUUGUUGGCCAAAUUUAAGAAAAGUGCAUGAUACAUAAAUAUGAUCCCUAGAACAUGGUGGAGAUGGUAUGUAUUGGAAAAAAUCAUUUCAACUCCAGUUAUUUGAGCAACUUGGGCUAUACAGAAUAUAUCCCAACCAUACAACAGUGGUUGCUUGGAUUUGGAAGCGAUCUUCGCUGUAAUAAAAACUUCUUAGGUAGUAGUGAAAAUAAGGCCUGACUAUAAUUCAGGCCUGUUUGGGAUCCUGUACAGGCCAGAAUUUUUUCCAGGCCUUAUUUUCACCACUGCUUAAGAGUUAAUCGCUACUGCAAAGGUCGCAUCCAAAUUCAUUUGUUAAACCAGAGUUCACACAUGAUUUUCAUAUAUAUUUACAGUCAGUGACAGGGAAAUAGGAGUUUUUAUGAACAUGCAAGUUUUGAUAAAGGAUGCACUUGUGAAGGGGAGGGGAGUGGUUAAAAUGAUGAUGAUAAUAAUAAUAGUAAUCAAACAGCAUGAUUGACAUAAUAUAAAGUUUUUUUUAUCUUUAAUGAGCAAUUAGGAGAAAGGUCAUCAGUGACUACUUUGAACUAAACAUGUGCAGCUC